AGGGGAAACACAUGAUUUUAAUGUGUAGUCGCGUUUCAGAAUUGGGAAAAAGGAAACGCCAAAGUCGCCAACCCUAUAGCUUCUCUUCUUUCUUUGUAAAAGCGCUUCUAUAAAAACCAACGUAAUUAAAACCCCACCAAUCCAGUACAUUAUAUUCAUAUCUCCCAAACCCAUCGGAAAAGUGUUUUUUCUUCUCUUUCUUUCUUUCUUUCUUUCUUUCUUUCUUAUUUCUUCUUCUUUCAAUUCCUCUCCCUUCAAUUUUAUGUUCUCAUACACACCUAAUUAUUAAACCCAUGGAAUCGCAUGUGCAAUUCACCCAAACCGGGCCGCUUUGGACUAAUGAGAAGCACAUGCACUUCUUGAAUUCCGUGGAAGCUUCUUUCGUCCGAUCAAUGUUCCAAAAUCGCGCACAUCGCCGCGGUCUACGGCUGGACCGCCUCUUGCCGGACACCGCUGACUCAACCCUAGAUUCCCCUCAUAACCACACCAAAAACCAUCCCACCUCCGGAAGUGCAAGAAUCAACGGUAGAUCUACGAGGAGAUCUAGGAGGAUAUCAUCUCCACCGUACACUUCAACUCAAGAUCAGGUGGUCCCACAGAUGGAAAAGAGAGCAGUUGAGGAUGAAGAUGAGAGAGACCAUCCCAUGUCACCUCUCAACUAGCAAAUAUAUUCUUCUUCUUCUUCUUCUUUUAAUCUUUAUAUCUUUUCAUUUUAGUUUUUAGAUCUUUAAUUAAUUAUUGUCUGAACAAACAAACAAACACAAAGAUGGGUCUAAUUCAGAAAUUAAGUGAAUUUCAAUUGGCUUACUUCAUGUUCAAUUUACAAGUCAUAUUUUACGUAUGACAUCAUGAGGUUGAAUUAAUUACCAUUCACCUUCA